AUUAAAUGAUGUUGGGAAAAAGAUAAUAGAAUCUAUAUGUGACAUCAAACAAAAAAACAAGAUAGAAUUUUUAAGAAAUUGUUAUGUAAAUACAUUCAAUCCCAACGCACAUCUUUCAAUAGAUGAAAUUGUAAAUAUUCAAGAAUUUAUUAAAAAUUUAUUACCAGAAAGUCAGGAUAAAGAAUUUAGUUGA